UCCCCAUCUCUCUCUCUCUUUCUCUCAAUCCUCCCCAUCUUCAGUUUCAGCUAAAAUCAAAGGUGGGUUUCUUUCAAAACUCUCUUUCAUCCAAAUUCCACAACCUUUUCCCCCUCAUAAAACUCCUCUGUUUUCAUCCCCUGUUUUUUUUUUUUUUUUUUGGAUAUAUUCCAUUGUGAAAACCAACAUGUCUGUAAGUGUUGCUGAACCGUGUGGGUGGAGUUUCCUCCAAUCUUUCACCAACAACUGCAAUACCACCAAAACACAAGACACUGAAAAUGACAAUUUAUAUGUACACCCUCUAGUCAAGCACUCUUCCACGAGGCUAAGCGAAGAAAGCCUUAAAAUGUGCACCGAAAGCUUGGGAAGCGAGACAGGGAGUGCUGUCACUGAAAGCAGCAACGAUGAAUUUGCUUUCCUUUCAGGAGCCAGCGAAAAUGGUCCCAACAAGCAGGCCUCGAAAUCGAAUAGAUUUCCGGCGUCAAAGAGGAUGAAUCAUUGCCGGAGCUUCCCGCCGCCCUUGACAUCUAUUAGCGGCUCAAAUGGCGUGCAAGUUAAGCCGCACAGAGAAGGCGGUCGGCUUGUUCUGAAAGCCGUCACUGCCCCUUCUUCUCACGCCCUGUUUCACGCUGAGCGUGGGGAUGGCAGGCUCCGGCUUCGGAUGGUGGAAGACAGAGGAAUUGCUGAAGAGGAGGAGGAUGAGGAAGCUGUCGGAGAAACUGAAGCUGUUGAAGAAGAAGAAGAAGAAGAAGAAGAAGAAGAUAGCGAUGCAGGGGAGGCGGAGGAGGAGGAUUGGUGUGAGGAGGAGAUGGAGGGGUACAAUGGGAAUUUUGGGGAUGAGAUGGGAAUGGGAGCCAAGCGUCCAUGGCUAAGCAGGUGCACGGAAGGUGCGCGUGGGAACGAAGCUUUAAGGAAUUGGGAGCCAUUCUGGAUGGCUACUUAUAAGCUCUCUGUCUGAACAAAAAAAUACCAUAAUUAUGAUCAGUAUUUUUUGUCCUUUUUUUUUCACAAUUUUUUUUUUAGUUGUUAUUGUUUUCCUCGUAUCUUGGAUGUCGUAGAAUAUG